GGUCUUCCGGGAAGCGGGCGCGCGGCAGAGGAAGGGCACGUCUAGGUAAGGCUGUUCGUGACUUUUAGGGGGUCGGUGGUGACCUAUGCGCGAUGGCUUUAGAGCUCCUGCGGAGGUCUCCAGCCUUGUAGAGUCGCCCCGAAUAGGACGAAUCAAUUUCAUUAACCAGCUCGGCGGUCUCACAGAUCAAGUUGAAAGAUUCUGUAAAGAGGCAUACCAGGAUCCUGCAAAGUCCUAGGGACUCUUGCUCCUGCUGCACAAGAAAUGUCUUCACUUUCAGAAUAUGCUGUGCGCAUGAGUCGUCUGAGUGCUCGGCUAUUUGGUGAAGUUGCCAGGCCUACCGAUUCCAAAUCCAUGAAAGUAGUAAAGCUAUUUAGCGAGCAGCCUUUGGCCAAGAGGAAGGAGACUUAUGACUGGUAUCCAAAUCACAACACUUAUUUUGCGCUUAUGGGGACACUGCGUUUUCUUGGCCUCUACAGAGAUGAGCAUCAGGACUUUAGGGAUGAGCAGCUGCGUCUGAAGAAGCUUCGUGGAAAGGGGAAACCAAGGAAAGGAGAAGGGAAAAGAGCAAUGAAAAAGAAAUGAUGCUGGUCCAUUGGGGAAGAAGAUGCCUUCCUCGGCGACUGAGAGCAGAAGGGCGUGUAUUUAUUGUCUCUCCACAGACUGGAGCCCUGUGAGCUCCCUGAGGUGAAGGUGCUUUGGAGGAACACAGUCAUCUCCAGGUGGAAAUCUAAUCCGGUUGAAUUGAGACUGGUUUCUUGAACAUAUGCUCAUUGUGCAAAAUUAUUUUGGCCUUGGUUCUGUAACCUGAGGUUUCCCUUAUUCCCCAAAGAAAGGAACACAUGAUUAUUGCUGAAUGACUUGUUUGGGAGGGGAUGGGAGGCUGGGGGAGUGGAGGGGAAACUCAUUAAAUGAACAUCCUCAUCACUGCCUUCUCACCUCCCCACUUAGCCAGCCCUAAACUCUUUCAUCUCUCCGGCUGUUCAGCCACUGUCUCCACCACCAAGCUCACAAACUUCAUGCGCCUCUCCACCUACUCCUUUGACAAGAUCUGUAAGAUAAAUGUGCAGGAUAAAAGGCUGUGCCUGGUUAGAGUAUUAAGUAUCUACCGUCCACAAGGAACAAGGUACCAGAGCCCUGGUAAUACAGUGGUUGGCAAGAAAUAGUCCCUACUAAUAUUAUAUAAUUACAUAAAAACAGUUGUAUUACAGGCCACAAAGGAAAAGUCUGGACUUCUGUGAGAAUGAGAGUGUGGAUGGAUCAAGGGACUGACCUAGAGGGACAGCAAGAGGCCCAAACCUCAUUAGGGAGCUUAAAGAAGGCCUUCCUAAAGAGAUGAUAUUUAGGCUGAGCUCUGCGGAAUAAAUUAGAGUUAGGCAAAAGGAAAAUGCUGGGAAAGUGUUUGAGGCACAGAGAACACCAUUUGUAAAACCCUAAGGUAAGAAGAAAUUGUCCUGUUAAAGGUUGAAAAACCACCACUAGCAUGCAGGAAGUGAUAAACAGCAAAUUCAGGACAGAGGUCACCUCCAGGAGGAGAAGCAAUGGGAUUGAAGUCGGGGAUAGAAGGGGUUUCAGUUGUGUCUGCACUGUAAUUGUGUCUGUUACUUUUCAAGCAGAGAGAUGGAUAAACAAGUGUUUGUUACGUUAACUUCAAUAUUUUUUACAUGCCUCAAAUAUUUCCUAAUAAAAAAUUAACUCAA